GCGAUUUCAUCUGCUCUCCUAAGCACUGCUAAAAGGCCCAUCUCGUGUCACCCAGCCGCCGGCAGCGUCCUUGACGAGCAUUGACCAUGUCGACAGACCCGAAAUACGACGAGCUACACAAGCACCUGUUCGAUGAGGGGCUGAAGAUGAGACGCAGCGUCGUGGGAGACGAGUACGUCAACCGCGCACUCGAAAACGGAUCGACUGAGUUCUCGCGCGCCGGGCAGGAACUCGUGACCGAGAUGUGCUGGGGCUACGCGUGGACGCGUUCAGGUCUCGACAAGAAACAGCGAAGUUUAAUCAACAUCGGCAUGCUCAUGGCCCUCAACCGUGCCCCUGAACUGGCAGUCCAUAUCCGGGGGGCCAGGAACAACGGAUUGUCGGAGCUGAAGAUCCGCGAGGCCAUUAUCCACGCAACGACAUACUGCGGGGUGCCGGCUGGCGUGGAUGCCAUGAAGACGGCCGAGAAGGUGCUGGACGACAUGGCCGAGAAGGGCGAGAUGCCUCGAGAGCUGGGCAACCGAAGCGCCCGGGCGUGAAGAGCGCGGAGCUGUGGGACGUGUUGUGUUUAUUGAUUACUUGUGGCGAUGGCGGCAGAGGGACGAGGUGGGGAGGGCGAGGGGGAGG